CUUAGAGGGACGACCGCAUUGAGACUGCCACCACCGCGCGACAGCCAUAUUGGACACUGCCGGUACACACCUCUCGCUUCUCUCUUACUUUUGACGAGGUUUUUGACUAAACAAGAGUGAAUUAUUACUGGGAAAUAAUAAACGAGGCAUUUAGGAAGACCUGUAAAGCAAGAUCGCACUCAGGAAUGUUAUAGGAUAGACUUUUGUUAUGUGCACGGUCAACCUGCUGAUCUUUGCCUGCCUGGUGCCUUUAGACGUAAUUUCUCAAACAGAACUGGCCGGGUUUGGUCGGACGGUUUAUCGGGGGCUGCACAAGAUGCCGUUGGCAAGCCGUGCUCGGGUUUAUGCAGAUGUCAAUGCCCACAGACCACAUGAAUAUUGGGACUAUGAAUCUCAUGUUAUAGAAUGGGGACAACAAGAUGAUUAUCAACUUGUAAGAAAACUUGGUCGAGGCAAAUACUCAGAAGUUUUUGAGGCUGUAAACAUCAACAACAAUGAAAAAUGUGUCGUCAAGAUUCUCAAGCCUGUCAAGAAGAAGAAGAUAAAGAGAGAAAUAAAGAUCUUGGAAAAUCUGCGAGGUGGGACCAACAUCAUCACACUGCAGGCUGUAGUGAAAGAUCCAGUUUCUCGAACGCCGGCACUGGUGUUUGAACAUGUAAACAAUACGGAUUUCAAACAGCUAUAUCAGACACUUAAUGACUUUGAUAUUAGAUACUAUCUAUAUGAGCUCAUAAAGGCUUUAGACUACUGUCACAGUAUGGGAAUAAUGCAUCGAGAUGUCAAACCCCACAAUGUAAUGAUUGAUCACGAGCAUCGGAAAUUGCGUCUCAUAGAUUGGGGGUUGGCGGAAUUUUAUCAUCCUGGUCAAGAGUACAAUGUUCGCGUGGCAUCCAGAUACUUCAAGGGUCCAGAGCUUCUUGUAGACUAUCAGAUGUAUGAUUACUCCCUUGAUAUGUGGUCGUUAGGAUGUAUGUUGGCAAGUAUGAUAUUCCGUAAAGAACCCUUCUUCCAUGGUCAUGAUAAUUAUGACCAAUUGGUACGCAUUGCAAAGGUGUUGGGGACCGAAGAACUGUACGAAUAUGUUGAGAAAUAUCAAAUUGAACUAGAUCCUAGGUUCAAUGAUAUUCUUGGAAGGCAUUCACGAAAGCGAUGGGAAAGGUUUGUCCAUAGUGAAAAUCAACACUUAGUAUCUCCAGAAGCUCUUGAUUUCUUGGACAAAUUGCUACGUUAUGACCACCAAGAGCGCUUGACUGCCCAUGAAGCCAUGGAACAUCCUUAUUUUUACCCUAUCGUCAAGGAACAAGGUCGGCACAUGAGCUCACCAACUCCAGCUCCUCCUGCAUUGACUGGGGUGUCCGAGUAGAAUUGGUACUGAUGCAUCCACAAACCAAGUGGAACAUAAGUUAACCAGCCUUAUGUGGGACUGACCUGGAGUCUGGGCCUUGCAGCUUAUGCUUUGAGAGUGCUGCACUGAUCACCAAGGGUCUUGUUGUGUUACUUGACCCAGCCUCAACUUGUUAAGAUAUGGAACACAGAUCCGGCACUGAUAGAUUGUGUGUGUGUAUGUAAUAUAUAUAUAUAUA